CCCCCCUCUGACUCUGAGUCACACUGCUGCAGAUUUUGCCCCUACUCUCAUAUGCUCCCUACUGCUAACUACUAUAGCUGAGAGGAGCUUCUAGCGACCUCGCUGAUUUCAAUACAGCUCUCUCUCCCUCCCUCCCUCUCUUAUCCUUCUGCUUGUAUAUUGACCACAUAUAUUUCAUCUUUCUCACUCAAAGUUAUUCCUACUCCAAAACUCCAGAGGAGUUUGAGAAAAAUGGCCAGAGCUAGAAUACCUCCUGAAUUACUCUUAGUACUGCUUUUCACAUUAAUCUUUGCAGCUUAUGUUAUACAGGGAUCCAGAACUCAAGUAGCAGCACUCCAAAACCAUCAAAGGGUCUAUGGUUCCUCUCCUUCAAAAGGAGAACAACUUAAGCAGGGUAGCGAGGAAAAGAAGAACUACGCAAGGAGACUGAUGAUUGGAUCCACAGCACCAACAUGUACUUAUAAUGAAUGCAGAGGAUGCAAGUACAAGUGCAGAGCUGAGCAAGUCCCAGUAGAAGGAAAUGACCCAAUCAAUAGUGCUUACCACUACAGAUGUGUUUGUCAUAGGUAACCAACUACAUUUAUCGUGAGAGUUUCAGUUGAGGAUUGAGUCUGUUUUCCAAUUCGAAUGGAUAUCAUGCUAGCAGCGGCACAAUCAUGAAAGAAAAUAAUUUAGUCCAAUGUUUGCUGGUAUAGCAAAAUUAAGUUCAAAGGGUGUUAAUGUAGUGUGCUAUGAAUUUUUGAAUGAUGAAAACUGAAUCAAUUUUUGGUGAA